AAGGAAAUUGUGACAAAUCACAGAAUGGACUUCUGGAAUCUGGCAAUCAGAUUUAUUUACUUAUCACAAAUUACAGCUGGAAGUCUGGGAAAUUUCUUUCUAAUUUUCUACUACCUAUCCCUUUACUGGAGAAAACACAGAGUAAAGCCCACUGAUUUGAUUCUCAUGCACCUAAUGGCAGCCAAUGCCUUGAUCAUUCUUUCCACAGGAGUGCCCCAAGCAAUGGCAGAUUGUGGAUUUAAGCAUUUCUUGAAUGAUUUUGGAUGCAAGCUCCUGGUGUACAUUCAAGGAAUUGGUAGGAGUAUGUCAAUUGGAACCACCUGCCUCUUGAGUGUCUUCCAGGCCUUGACCAUUAGUCCCAGGAAAUCAGGUUGCAAGGAUCAGAAAGUCAAAGUUGAGAAGAACAUUCACUGCCACAUCUCCCUCCUCUGGAUCCUAUACAUAUUGAUAAAUUUCAUUUAUUAUGCAUACACAUUUGUCAAGAGAGAUAACAAAAAUGUGACAAGAAAACGAGAUAUUGGUUAUUGCUCCAUUGUAAGGUGGGAUGAAAUUGGCUCUUCAAUCUAUGUAGCACUGGUGGUUUGCCCUGAAGUGUUCUUUUCUGUGAUCAUGGCCUGGUCCAGUGGUUCCAUGAUUGAAAUUCUCUACAGGCACAAACAGAGGGUUCAACACAUCCACAGCACCCAUGGUUCUAGCAAAAAGUCCCCUGAAUCCAGAGUCACCCAGAAUAUUUUGAUCCUUGUGUCUACCUUUCUAGCUUUUUAUACUCUGUCCUCCAUCUUAAAAGGCUACCUUACUCUUUUAUAUAAUCAUAAUUGGUGGCUGGUGAACAUUAAUCGGAUCACUUCUCUCUGUUUUCCAUCAUUUGUGCCCUUUGUUCUCAUCUAUCGGUACUCUAUUGUACCCAGGUUUUGUUUACUCACCAAUGUCAAUAAAAACGUCAUUCUUGUGGCUUUCAUUCUAUCAGGGAAACUUGGUUGCUUGGUGACUUCACAUACAGGACCGUGUAGUCUAUAA